UUCUUCAUAAAAUAAAAUCAUAUCAUAGAAUUCAAGAAAUAAUAGAAAUGCAGUCAGGAAAGAAGGCAAUGGAAUCCGUGAAGGAAUCGGCUGCUAAUGUUGCAGCCUCCGCCAAGGCUGGCAUGGACAAGACUAAAGCUACUGUUCAAGAGAAGAUGGAGAAAGUAACGGCCCGUGACCCGUUGGCAAAAGAAAUCGCAGAAGAGAAGAAAGAAGCAAAGAUCCACGAGGCAGAGCUCAACAAACAGGAGGCGCGUCAGCACAACGCCGCCGUCAGACAGGCUGCUACGGUGGGAGCGGCAACCACACAUGGAACACACCCAACAACCCACUCAACCGCCACACACUCCACCACUGGAGCCCAUGGCUACACCACUGGGACCCAUCAGAUGUCGGCUUUGCCUGGCCACGGCACCGGCCAACCAACUGGCCCUGUGACAGAGGGCGUGGUUGGGGUGCACCCGAUCGGCACUGCGACUGGCACCGGAAGGACCACAACCGCCCACAACCCUCUUGCUGGUGGUGAGACUGGGUACGGGACCGGCACCCGAACCGGCGGGACAGGGGGAAGUUAUACUUAAUGUGGGGAUGUUUUUACUCUUUUAUAUUAUAGACGGUGGACUUUGCCGUUUUAUUGUUGAAGUCCGAUGUGUUGUGUAUUUGGUUGUUUUUCUUUUGUAUGGUUUUAAUUUCGUUGUUAGUUUUUAUGUUUUGUACCCUCCCUUGCGGAAGCUGCUUUGUCAAUGUGUGAUGAUGAAUAAAAUUUGUACCUAUUAGUCUUGCCUA